AUGCCAAAACGGGCAAGAAGUUAAACAAUAAUCAGCAUAUUUUCCGUCGUUAUAAUUAUGAAACCAAUCAAACUACUUACUUUUACCGAACUAACCGAAAACUAGUCGGUAAACGAGUCCACCCUAUCCGAACUAAAAAGCAUUACCGAAUUGGCAGAAAUAUCAAUCCCCAUCCUUUACUUGAACAAGUCCAAAACCAUCCAACUAAACCAGUCCUAGAAUUGAAAUCCAAUCAAAAAAUCUAUACCCAGGAUUUUAAACAACUGGUUUAUUCUAAAUUAUCUGCCUUGGCUGAAACCAUAAGGAUUGUUAAAAUCCCCCUCCCAAAGAAGUAUGUCCCCAAAGAGGAUAAUAAGUGUAUUAGAGAUGUUCACCAUCAUUUUGGUUUCAAAAUAAUUACUUACCUCACUUUCCCUCCCGAGAAUAUUCCCAAAGCCAAAGAGUUUUUAGACCAAUUAGAUGAACAUGCUAACGAAUAUGGUGUUCCUGAAAGUAAAGACUGA